CCAGGGUCAGAGGGUGGUUCCUGUUGGACUCCUACCUUCCCACCUUUUUCCUGACUGGAGCAUACCUACUCUGCAUAUGGCUGGGCAACAAGUUCAUGAGGAACAGGCCUCCUUUCUCCCUCAGGGCUCACCUCAUUGUCUAUAACCUUGGGAUUACCCUGCUCUCCUUGUACAUGCUCAUAGAGCUCAUCCUUGCCACAUGGGAAGGAGGCUACAACUUGCAGUGCCAGAACCUCCACAGUGCAGGGGAAGCUGAUAUCAGGGUAGCCAAGGUGCUGUGGUGGUAUUAUUUUUCCAAAGUAAUUGAAUUCAUGGACACUAUCUUCUUUGUCUUGAGAAAGAAAAGCAGCCAGAUCACCUUCCUGCACGUGUACCACCACGCCACCAUGUUCAACAUCUGGUGGUGUGUUCUGAACUGGAUUCCCUGUGGGCAAAGUUUCUUUGGCCCCACUUUGAACAGCUUUAUCCACGUGCUCAUGUACUCUUACUAUGGACUCUCAGUCAUCCCUUCCAUGCGCAAGUAUCUCUGGUGGAAGAAGUACCUCACCCAGGCACAGCUGAUCCAGUUUCUGCUGACCAUUGUGCACACCCUCAGUGCAGCUGUGAAGCCCUGUGGAUUCCCCUUUGGCUGCCUCAUGUUCCAGUCCUCCUACAUGGCCACGCUGGUCGUUCUCUUCAUAAACUUCUACAUUAAGACGUACCGGAAAGCACCUUCAAGAACAGCUGUGAAGGAAAGCCCUGCCCCAACAGAACUCAAGAAUGGUUUCCACAAGGACUACUUUGCUGCUGCCAAUGGAUUCCUGAGCACUAAGAAAGCACAAUAAAUAUUUCCUGUGACUUUUUUCUAA